AUGUCUGGAAAAGAUCCUCAGUUUGCCAGGUCGGACGGUGGCCGAGACAACAAGACAACUCAAAAAUGUGCACGAGAGGAGGCCACUGGUGCCUCGGAUGAGGACCAGGCCAUCUUUGCAGAGCAUAGUUUCUGGUACCAGCAAAAAAUUGGGCUGCGACCGAGACAAAAUCAGCGUUGUCCCACCGACUGGGUGUGUCCACGGCCCCAGGGAACCGGUAACGGGGACGCCGAAGUCACACGCGACCGCUUCUGCCUCAGACCCCAGACAGGCCAAACAAGCACCGGAAACGAGUCCCUGACAGGCGGUAGGCAUGCCUACAGGCCAACACAAUUGAGUAACUAA